AUUAUUAAAUAUAAAAUUUAAUUUUAAAGAAUUGGUACUAUUUAAUAUAAAUUCCACCAUAUUGUAUAUAUGGUGAAGUCAGCCAUUUUUGUGGAAUCCGUCUUUUCUUGAUAAUUGAACAUGAAGAUCGGACUUUGUGCAUAUAGUGGAUAUAAAAUAUAUCCCGGUCAUGGUAAAACCAUGGUAAAAGUGGAUGGAAAAACAUUCACUUUCUUGAAUUCAAAAUGUGAAUCCGCACAUUUAAUGAGACGUAAUCCAAGAAAAGUCACGUGGACUGUAUUAUAUAGACGAAAACAUAAAAAAGGACAAGAAGAAGAACAAGCAAAAAAAAGAACAAGACGUACUCAAAAAUUUCAACGUGCUAUUGUAGGUGCAUCUCUUACAGAUAUUUUAGCAAAACGUAAUAUGAAACCAGAAAUUCGUAAAGCACAGAGAGAACAAGCUAUUAAAAUGUCUUAAAAUAAAUGAAUUGCUUCACCCAGAAUUGUUAUAUUCAUUGCACUGUCUGGCUUUUGCGGGUUCAUACAAAUCUUAUACAUAUAGAUAUUAUUAUAUGUACACAUCUUAUGUUAUUAUAUUUAUUAAAAUAUAUAUAUGUUAAAUAAAUUCUAUUUUAGAGCUGCAAAGGAACAAAAGAAAGCUGCAAAAGCAACAAAGAAAGCAGUUGUACCUCCUAAAACAAAGGCUAUUCCAAAACAUAAAGCUGCAAAAAUAACACAAAAAUCAGCUCCACGUGUUGGAGGAAAACGUUAAAUUUUAGCAUUGUAUAAAUAAAAAGAUACUUUAUA